AUGUAUCAGCAGGAGGUCGGACUGCGAAUCGGCCCCCAGAGCAAGAGAUUUAGAGGAAGGUCUGAUUUAGCGUUCGGCGAUGAGAGUCGAGUUUUCGAGAGAGGAGGAAUUCGGGUUGGGCACCGAGGAACAAUAAGAGAUUAUCCAGGUUUUAGCCCAUCGGUGGAUGCCGAAGCUAUUCGUAAGGCGAUCAGAGGAAUUGAAUCCAGUUCUCAGCAGUGGCAGGAGCUGAAGGAUGACUUGAAGGGUGACCUGUCUGGACACUUUGAGCAUCUCAUGGUGGCCCUAGUGACGCCGCCAGCCGUGUUCGAUGCAAAGCAGCUGAGGAAAUCCAUGAAGGUACGAACCCUCCGCGGCCCUUUCUGCCCGGGAUUCGGCCACUUCCCCGGGAAUCACGACCUCCUUCCCGUGCAUGCUGGGGACCUGGGCGGGCUUGGAUGUGGAACGGACGAGAAGACACUCAUCGGCGUUCUGACGGAGAGGUCGAACGAGCAGCGCCAGCUGAUUGCGAAGGAAUACCGGGCGGCGUGUGGGAAGGUACAGUGCGAGGAACACGACCGGCAGGAGAGAGGUCGUCGCAAGGCACCGCGGGGUCGUGACCGCGAUCUUUCGUUUCGGGCCGAGCGUAACAGAAGAUGCCCUGCGCUGGGACCUGAGUCCCGCUUCUGCGGCAGAAGAGAGGAAAGUCUGAAAGUGGAUGAGCAUCUGGCCAAAAAAGAUGCCCAGAUCCUCUAUAACGCCGGUGAGAACAGGUGGGGCACAGACGAAGAUAAAUUCACUGAGAUCCUGUGUUUGCGGAGCUUCCCUCAGCUGAAACUAAGUAUGGACUCGCAUUACCGUCCUGCACGCUCCGUGUGGCUCUUACAAAUGCGUUCGGGUUUAGUUUACAAAGUUCUAGAAGAUGGAGUUAAAAAUUGCAAAGUCUGUUCCAAUUUACGUAUGAGCACCUCAGGAAACAGAAUGGGGAGAGCGCGCAGUGAGAGCAAGAAGAAAGCAAACUCGCAGCUGCAGAGCGUCAGCAUCACGGAAAAGAAACCAGGCAAAAAUCAGACAGGCGGUGCCGGAACCGAUGAGUUCACUCUGAACCGAAUAAUGGUCUCCAGGUCAGAAAUUGACCUUUUGGACAUCCGAGUGGAGUUCAAGAAGCGUUGUGGCUACUCUCUGUAUUCAGCAAUUAAGUUCGUUGUGCGAGGAACACGCCUGCCUUUUUGGCUGAAAGACUGCACCAGGCUUUGA